AGUGGACCAGGCGCAGGAUAGAGUUUUUGGUCGCAGUAACGGUUAUCGAGUUUGGUGAAUAGCUACUGAUGUCAGCUUCGUAACCCUAACUCUCCACUGUUCCAUCGCGAUUUAGAAGGCUUCUCUCCUUCUUGUUAUCAUCGUACAGCUCUUGGAUUGAACCGGCAAUUUUGCAUCAAUUGUGGUAUCAUGGAGCAAGUGACAAUCGGAAAUUGCGAUGAAAGGGUCCAACUACUUCCUGCAAUCUGUGAUGAAUAUGGAGGUGUGGUGGUAGAGCUGAAGGAGCAUAUGGAAUCUGAUGUCUUUCUCACACUCCUUAAAACUUCAAUGUCACAGUGGACAUUGCAGGGCAAGAAGGGUGUUUGGAUCAAACUGCCAAUCCAUCUUGCAAAUCUUGUCGAAACUACAGUGAAGGAGGGUUUUUGGUAUCACCAUGCUGAACCUGAUUACCUAAUGCUCGUUAAUUGGAUUCCUAAAACAACAAGUACACUCCCUUUAAAUGCUUCUCACAGAGUAGGUGUUGGUGCUAUUGUCUUGAAUGAUAAACAAGAGAUGCUUGUUGUCCAGGAGAAGAGUGGGAUAUUACGAGGAACUGGUAUCUGGAAGAUUCCUACCGGAAUUGUUGAAGUGGGUGAGGAUAUCUCUGCAGGGGUGAUCAGAGAAGUCGUAGAAGAGACGGGAAUCGAUACAGAAUUCGUCGAAGUACUAGCAUUCAGGCAAUCGCACAAGGCAUUCUUUGGGAAAUCAGAUUUAUUCUUUGUGUGCAUGAUGCGCCCACUAUCGUUUGACAUCCAGAUUCAAGAACUAGAAAUUGAGGCAGCCCAGUGGAUGCCAUUGGAGGAAGUUGCAGCUCAACCUUUUGCUCAAAAAACAGACAGUCUAAUGAAUCGCAUUAUGAAGUUAUGCAAAGCAAAGGUGGAGAAAGAUUACUCUGGAUUUACUCCACACCCAGUAACAUCAUAUUUCAGUGAGUCACCGAGUUACAUUUAUUUCAACAACACAGAUUUUAAUUAAAAUAUAAAAAAAUAUACAAUAAAUACAAUUUACAAUUUCAAAGAUCAAGUGUUGGCCAUUUCAUUCUUUUGUAAGACUACAUUAUAUUUGUAAUAAAUCCCAUAUAAAGAUAA